CAUUGCUGACGAUGCAUAUAAAGAGGUAGUUUCCUUUGCGGUGUCCGGUGUGUGUGAAUACCUAAUAACAAGCAUGAAGACCUGCUCCCAAUGUUGUGUGGCUGCUCUGACUUCCUUUCUCGUGUGGACAUUAGUGGAUGCUGUGUAUGUGUACAAUGGUGACCCCUACCAGCAAACCAAGGCCCUUGGAGUGAGCAGUCUGGAGCUCAGCAAGACAAGAGAUGGAGUCCCAAUACACACACAAGUGGUGUACCCGACUGACCCUGGAGUGUACGUCCCACUGUUGUUUAUCCCCGGCCUCAAUGGAGUGGUCUAUCCGGAGGUCUACUCCACAGUGACGACACGUCUGGCUAGCUAUGGCUACCUACUGGCCUCAGUGGACCUCUACUGGCCCGUGGAAGAGGACAAUCAUGAGGACGUGGGUAGAAAUGCUGAACUGGCAUUCAAAGUUCUACAGUGGUUGAAGGUUCACCUGGAGAGCCACUACCUGCCCUCAGCUGCCCCUAAUGUGACUGUGGACUGGGGGAGGUUGGGACUGCUCAGUCACUCUCUGGGAGGGGACACUCUCAUUAAGAUGUUAGAGAGCAACAACAUGUUCGCUAAGGCAGUGGUAUUUAUGGAGCCAGGAAGUUCCAGUUUCAAAGCUCCUCUCAACUAUUCCAUCCCUUCACUGUCGACAGGGACACAGCUGUGCACGGAGAAGCCUGCUUGUUGCCUGAGGGGAGACAGCUUUGAUCACUUCUACACCAACAUGCAGUGUCCAAAGAUUGUCAUGAACAUCACGGGGGUGGGCCAUUGCUCCAUCAUUGACGAGGUGGCAUGGGACUUGUGUCACUUGAGCCACUUCUGUAAGACUGACAAGAACUCAGAACGUGAUGUGUAUCGUAGCCAGUUCAUCCCCGGACUAUUGGCAUCGUUUUAUGGAACAUACCUCCAGGGAAACUCCGCCCUCUUACAGUACACCACCACCCCCUCCGACAUGCCUCUACCAGUCAACUAUCUACACACAGACCUAAACUGUAUAGUUAGCUAAAACAUGGGAUAUUUUACAUUGACAAAGUUUAUUAAUUGUAGCAAACACGUUGUUGUUGUAUUUGGAAAUUGAAAUUGAAAGCUCAUGUAUAACUAACUAUAUGAUAUUAUAUACAGUAGAAAUUAUAAUUGAUAAAGCCAAAUGAUAUCACAUGACAGUCAA